GUUUGCAAUGGCUCUGCAGGUUGGAUCAGUAUGCUAUAGCAAAAUUUGCUGAAAGUUUUGAAAUGAUUCCAAGAACUUUGGCUGAGAAUGCUGGGCUAAAUGCAAUGGAGAUCAUAUCUUCUCUAUAUGCAGAACAUGCAUCUGGAAAUGUCAAAGUUGGCAUUGAUUUGGAAGAAGGUGUUUGUAAGGAUGUCUCAACCUUGAGCAUUUGGGAUCUCCAUGUGACUAAGUUCUUCGCUCUUAAAUAUGCUGCGGAUGCUGCCUGCACUGUACUUCGGGUGGACCAGGUAAUCAACUAAAUAAUUGUUCCUAGUCAAUUCCAGAUUGCCACAUUAAUAUGUACCUCAGAAGCACAUUUUUCUUUCAGAAACAAGCUUAGAAACACGAUUUUUUUAUGGUUAAUAAAUAUAUUUUUGAAGGAAUAUCCAACAGUGGGCAAGCUGUAUUGAUGAUGUGGACUUUUCCCCCUUACUUGUUGUGUCUUGUCCCAUUUAUUUUCAGUGAGAAACUUAGGAAAAUUGAAACCUGUAGUUAAGAAUAAUGUUAAUAAUAUGCAGCUUCUGUAAAUUAGCAACUAUAUUGAAGAGUAUGGGUACAUGAUGUAUGUGCCAUAUUCUGACACGGGUUCUGAUAAUCCAGAAUGGAGCAAUUGUUGCUUUGGCACUUCAAAGUGCAUGAGGGUUCACAGUUUCUUUAACAUAUAGACAUAAAUGUCUAGAAGCAGUGAUGUUGACUUUACAGUGGGAGAUUCCUGUCUCCACUUGAUGGGGCCAGAGAAAAGUUGAGAGUUAGUAUGGUAUGACAGUUAAAGUCGUAAAGUUAUGGAAUUGGCUUAAAUGGUUGGAGAGGGUAGAAAAGUGAGCUUUCUGUUUUGUUGUAAUUUGAGAAACUGAGCAUUUGCUCUGUCGUAGAAAGGGAAAGCCCUGGAAGGAGAACCUUUUCCUCAAGUUCGUUGUAUAUCAAUGAACAUCGCCAAAGCAUUUUUUUUCUCACCAUUUUUCUCAUCUCUUCCUAAAAGCUCAAAACACUUCCUAACAGCACAUAAUUUUAUGCACUGAUGGAUAGGAAAAACAUUUUGGUAACAGCUGUUUGUGUAGACUUGAAGUUGAAAUAUUAAGGCUUAGUUUGGAUAAACAUCUCUACAAACACCUGUGGGAAAAACAAAAUAAAAUGGACCAAUAAAGUAAAAUGAAUCAAACAUCUCUCACAAGUUAAAAUUAACUUAUGUACCUCAACAUAUUCAGAAGUUUUCCAUAGAUUGAGGUACUUAAGUUGAUUUUAACUUAAGGGAGAAGUUUGAUUCAUUUUACCUAAAUUCAUCUUAUUUACUUUUAGUUCAAAUGUUUGUGAAGACAUUUAUCCAUAGCUAAAUCAAAGAUAAUUUUCCAAUGCAUAGACUGGAUUAUACAUCAUGAGCACACAAUGGCAGUAGUGUAGAGGAUUUUACACUGGCAGUAGUAUAC